UCGCAUUCCCCUCUCCACGUCAUCACAAAUUACCGUGUGCUGUCACCCACCGUAACCCUCUCUCUCCAUAUAUAUAUAUAAAAGGAAUCACAUUCCCAUUAACUCCAGUCUUCAGUAUUCACAUUCCUGUACGGACAACAACUAUGUGUAGAUCCACAGAUUACCACGGUUUCACCAACUCAAUACCCCGAACCCGAUUAAAGACCCGAAUAUUUGCGGUUCGGUUCUCGGGUUUGGAUACCCGAAAAUCCUUACCCAAUUCUUUAACCCUUAUUUUCUUGCCUAGAAUCAACGAUAACGAGCUCGAGGUAGACGGGUCGAAGAUCCGACCCGAUUCACCUGCCUUCGUUUCGCUCCAUCGCGGCGUUGUCGAAUCCGAGGACGGCGAGGUUUUGUACGGGAGCAGAGAUAGGGUUUCGGUUGGCGAUGGGGUUAGGUUUGAGGUUUAUUUGAGGGAAGAGAAGGUUUUGAAAGGGAGUUUCUGGAGAGAUUAUGGCGAUGAGUGGAGAUUGGAGUGUAAGUGUGUUUUGGAGAGUGAGAUUUCCGCUGCCGGAGUUGAUUCGGUGGAGGCGGAGGUUAGGGUUGUUGCAGAGGGACACGUGGCGAUGUGUGAGAGAGUGGCUAUGGUGGCGAAGAGGAAACAUGGGUUUUGUAAUGGGUUAGAGGAAAUUCCAGAAGAGAUUGAGGUUGACGAUGAUGAUGAUGAUGAAGAAGAAUGUAUGUGCGGCUGUGAUUGUUCGUCUGGGGAAAUGGAGAGUGGAUCUGACGGUGGAGAUUGGAGGAGUGAAAUGGACUAUGAUGAGAUGGAUGUUGAAGGUGUUAAAUGGGCCGUGGAUGUGGGCUUUUGGGUUAUGUGUUUAGGUGUGGGCUUUUUGGUUUCUAAAGCCUCUUCUAAGACAUUGAGACGCAGAAGAAUUGUAUAAUUGUUUUGGUUUUUUUUCUUGUAAAUAUCAUAAUAAUGUAACAAUUUUGUAAAGCCCAUGGGCCUGCUUGCUAACCUUAGGCCCAAUACCCAAAAAGCUGUAAAAUCAAAGGUGUUGGGAGAAUAGAGAAGAACUUUUUUUUUUUUUUUUUUGGAAAGAAUAAGCAAUAAUGACAUAAUAAAAGUUGUUACUUGUUAUU